AUGGAAUCAUCUUUCUUUUCUGAUUUUGGCCUUAUGUGGUAUCUGGAGGAGCUUCAGAAGGAGGAAUUUAAGCAAUUUAAGGCUUUCCUUAAGCACGACUCUUUGCAGCCAGGACUCCGGCAAAUUCCCUGGGCCGAAGUGAAAAAAGCAACACGGGAGGAGCUUGUAAACCUGCUGACCAAGCAUUAUGGGGAACAGCAAGCAUGGGAUGUGACCUUAACAAUCUUUGACAAGAUCAGUAGGAAAGAUCUCUGUGAGAAGGCCAAGACUGAGCGCUCCGAGGGCACCCUCUAUCAGGAGAAGUUCUCAUACGUUUUCUACUUCUGCUGCCAGGAGGUGAAGCAUUUGGCGGUGACCAGCCUGUCUGAGUUGAUCUCCAGAGGCUGGCCUGGUAGCCCCGCACCCCUAGGAGAGAUCCUGUCCCAGCCAAGGAAACUCUUGUUUCUCAUCGACAGCUUGGAGAAGCUGACAGGUACCUCCAACGAGCUGUGGUCAGACACGUGCAGCGACUGCGUGCAGCAGCAGCCAGUGCAGGUCAUCCUGACCAGUUUGAUGAGGAAGAAGAUGCUCCCUGAGUCCUCAGUGCUCGUUGCCACCACACCUGAGUACCUGCAGAAAGCUGAGCCCCAGCUCGAGAACCCAGAAAUUAAGCCAAUCAUCGGCCUCAGUGAGGAUGGGAAGAGACUCUACUUCUCCUGUACCUUUCAAAACAAGAAUCAAGCACUGGAAGCUCACAACGUAGUCAAAGGAAACAAAUGGCUCUAUUCCAUGUGCCAAAUCCCUGCCCUCUGCUGGGUCGCGUGCACCUGCCUGAAGCAGGAGGUAGAGAGAGGCAGAGACAUAACACUUACCUGUCACAGGAGCACAUUUCUGUUUAGUUCUUUUAUCCUGAACACAUUCACAUCCCUGAAUGCCGUACGCCCACAUCGAAAGGACUACCUCCAGUUGGAGGGUCUGUGCUCCCUGGCUGUGGAGGGCAUGUGGACAGACACGUUUGAAUUCAGUAAAGAAGACCUCAAGAGAAAUGGCUUAGCUGAAGGGGACAUCCCCACAUUUCUGGACACAAAGAUCCUUCAGAAGUGCUGGGCCUACGAGAACUGCUAUGCAUUCAUGCAUAAAUACAUCCAGGAGCUCUUGGCUGCCAUGUUUUAUUUGCUGAAGAGGCCAAGCGAUCACCCCAACCCAGCCAUUAAAUGCGUUGAGGAUAAAGGGUUUGUGAAGGAGGCAUUGGACUGCUUCCAGGAAGUCCACCUGUCUGUCACCGACCGAUUGGACCUGAUAGUGUCCGCCUACUGCCUGAAACAGAGCUCCUGUCUGAGGAAACUUGCAGUCUCCAUUGAGGAUAUCUUAAAUGAGGAGAAAGACAAUCGAGCCAUUCUGGCUGGCUGCUACAUCAGGGAGCCCUUUUGGGAGAGUGUCUGUGACGUUGUCAGGAAGAGCCAACAGUUGCUCUAUCUGGAUCUCAGCAUGAAUACCCUGAAAGCGGAUGAUUUGGAGCUCCUGUGUGAAGCCCUCCGGCACUCAGACUGUUGCGUACAGUCCCUGUGUUUGGGACAGUGUUCCAUCACUGCUGAUGGCUGUCAAUACAUCGCCUCAGUCCUCACCAGCAAACCAAAUAUGAAGAAUCUGGAAAUCGGGCACAACAAAAUACAAGAUGAAGGUGUGAAGCUGCUGUGCGACGCUCUAGCCAAUCCCAGGUGUCAAUUAGAGAGCAUCAAACUAAAUGAGUGUCAUCUGACCAGUGGCUGUUGUGAGGACCUGGCCUCCGUUCUCACCAGGAGUAAAACUCUGAAAAGGCUGAACCUGACUGAGAACACAUUGGACCAUGCUGGGGUGGUGGUGCUGUGUGAGGCCUUGAAGGACCCCAACUGCAUCCUGACAGUUCUUGAGGCGGCAGUGGAGCCGGACACACGAGGGCGCCGUGACCGCAUGGAUGGGAGCUGGCCCUCAGCGAGCCUGGGCCUUCUGCAGACCCGCACUCUCAUCCGCCCCGUCAUGUCAUCGUCCCCAGGUGGCCUGCCACACACACUGGGCCUGGCCAUCGUGGGACGAAGACCCAUACCCUAA